GGGGGCAGUAGUCUGAAGGGGUGCUUGAAACAGCGACUGUUAGUCUUUGCAGAUGGGAGGCAGGGGAGUGUGAGUUGCUCUAGCUUUUAUUUUUUAUUUUAAACCCUGCUUCUUUCCCCUAUCGCAGCAUGCAAGGUUUUUGACUCUUGGAGUAGAUGCAGAGAAAAAGCACUGACUUUUACACAUUAUAUACUUGGGAGCCCUUUGUAAGUGACUGAGUGCAUGUGUGGGCACUCUGCAUCUAUAGACUGUGUUCAGUGAUCACAAAGACUGUGUGGAUUUUUUUAAAACACCAUCAGAAACUGGAAAUUAAACUUUUUCUUAUGUAUGUAGCCUUUUUAGGCAAUUCUGGACUCUGUUUUCAACUAUCCUGCGCAUCUCAGGAGUGAAUAACUGUGCAGUGUUUGCACUCAGCUCAAACUGUCAGAGUGGGAGAAAAGAGCUGAGUUUGCUUUUAAGUGAACCAGAGGAACCCAGAGGAGAGAGGGGGAGAAAGAGCAAGCAUCCCCGCUCUCCCUUUAAACCGGACAGCAUGGUGCAGAAAAUGAGCCACGGUGAAAGCACCGCUGAGGCACUGUCCUUCUUUAGCGGGGACUCAGGCUCCGACUCCGGGGCGUGCAUGGAGCUCGACCCGGCCGUCUCUCCUCUCUCCCCGACGGGCUCCGCAGCCUCCUCCACUGCCGGCGAGAAGCUGGGAGACAACCCGGCGUGGUGCAAAACUCCCAGCGGUCACAUCAAGAGACCCAUGAAUGCCUUCAUGGUGUGGUCGCAGAUAGAGAGGAGAAAGAUCAUGGAGCAGUCCCCGGACAUGCACAACGCAGAGAUCUCCAAGCGGCUGGGGAAGCGCUGGAAGUUGCUGAGAGACAGCGACAAGAUCCCCUUCAUCAGGGAGGCAGAGCGGCUCCGACUCAAGCACAUGGCGGACUAUCCCGACUACAAAUACCGGCCGAGAAAGAAGGUCAAGUCGAGCGCAUCUAAGCCUGGCAGCGAGAGAGGAGAAAAAGUUCCCAGUAGCUCUAACAUCACCAGCACUAAGACGUCUUCUUCUGCGAGGAAGAGCGGAUCCAAAUCACCGAGCAGCAGCAACAAACCCCAAAAAACACUUUCCGGGAGCAGCAGUAGCACCAAAGCUUCACUCUUUGCCUCUGAGCAGCCGGCGGAGCUCCUCCAUAACUCCCUCUACAAGUCCAAGUCGGUCUCCUCGGCAGCUAAGCAGAUCCCAGACGCCAAGAAGCCCAAGAGGGUUUACGUUUUCGGAAACGGCGCGGCGAGUUUGAGCGUCAGCCCCACGUCCUCCGUGGUGGUUCCCGCCAGCCCGACGCUCAGCAGCUCGGCGGACUCCAGCGACCCGCUCAGCCUCUACGAGGACGGCGGCAGAGAAGGAGCCGACUCCCCCGGCGGCAGCAGCAGCUACGGCGGAGCUUCGGAGCGCCGCAGCGCGCGCACAUACAGCAGAAGCCGACGGGCUUCCUCUCCGACACCCUCCGGCUCCCAGUCCUCCGUCUCCUCCUCCUCGUCUUCUUCAGAGGACGAGGAGUUCGAGGACGAGCUGCUGGACGUCAACCCGAGCCCGAGCUUCGACAGCAUGUCGCUGGGGAGCUUCGGCUCCUCGGUGCUGGACAGGGACUUAGAUGGGAACGGCGAGUCCGCCUGCGGGGGGUCCCACUUCGAGUUCCCCGAUUACUGCACGCCCGAAGUCAGCGAGAUGAUCUCUGGAGACUGGCUGGAGUCCACCAUCUCCAACCUGGUGUUCACAUACUGAGCAGAGGCAGAGGAGCUCCGGCUUAUUGCUCGCUUUCACUACCCUGGAAAACUUCCCUCUGAAGUGAAUACUUUGCCUUUUCUUUCUGGACUUCACUUCGGAUGCCUGGACUGGGGGAGUUUUUGCCGAAACAAGAGUUUUCCUGGCAGCUCAGUCCUGGACUGUUUUGAACUGAAUAACUUAACUGUGAUUGAUUUGCACGUUUUGCGGUCCGCCGUAACCUAAUCAAUGUCGAUGAAUUUUUGAGAAGGUGGAGAGAAAAAAAGGGACAUUUUCACAACUUUUUAAAACCAAUCGCCAAGUGAAUUUCACCACUAAAAAAAUAAAAUAAACAAACAAAAGGUACAGACUAGGACUGCCGCGCGACAGUUUUUUAUUGUAUCACCAAGAGGCUUUUUUAAAAAUGAAACCGAGGUGGGUUGAUGUUUUUUUUUUUUUUUUUAUGUAUUUUCUCAAGAAACAAACAACAACAAAAAACGUGUUAAGCAUGAUAGCCUACUUUGUUCCUAUAUCUUGUCCUGAGAUUUUCUGUGCGACUGUUCAAGCAGUUUGUUAACUAGUAUUAGGGGUAUUUAACAGGAUCUAGGUGGCGCUCGCUUUGGUUCUACUUUUUUAUAUAUAUAUAUAAAAAACUGAUAUAAUCACCAGCUCACUUCAGGACACAAACACAACUUCAAGUCUGUUUUUUUUCUCUAUAUGUAUCAGGACCAAAAUUCUAUAAUGUUAAUUUCCAGAUUAUAGCUAUAGAGAAACCAUCUUUCUUUUUUUUGUACAUGUAUUCAGAUGCCAUUUUUAUAUGGGGAGGGGGGGUUGUAUUUAUAUACUGGGCCAAGCAUCUUUCAUUUUGUUAUUUCUUGUACACAUGAUCCUGUCAGUGUCUAUGUCUGUCACAUUUCCUUCUCAGGCGAAGGGCUAGAGUUUUAAAGAACACACAACUUUUUAAGUUCCAUUUUUAUAUUUAAAUGUACACAUUUUUGGACACUUAAAAGAGAGGAAACAGGUUGAUUAUUUUCUCAGUGUAUUUUUGUACAAAUCUAUAUUGAACACGGGGGUGUCUGUAGCCUAACUAACACAGCUGUAUUGGAUUUCCUUGUUUUUUUUAAUGCCCUCACAAGGCUGGUUUUUUUAUGCUGCCUUCAAGUGCUUAUGGUAAGCUCGUUACUUAAGGCUCUUGCUUUAGUAGGUUAGAUCAAGCAUUAGAGCUAACUCUUUUAUAACACUGGUGCCUAUUUUUUGCUUAUUCUUCUAAAAUGAAAGGCACCCUGACACUUUUUGACAGAACAUAUAUAUUAAUGUAAAUCAGGUGGCCUGGCCUUAUUUAUCCCUUAUUUCACACACACAUACACACACCAAAAACCAAGAGCACUCCUAAGUCUUCUUUGAUGUCAAACUCUUAAACAUCUGCAGCACAGACGUGACACACUUUAAGUGAUUAGAACAUAAUUGAGAUUUUUCAGACAGCACUUGAAAGCAGCACCAGUCUCAACCCCCUUUUCCAACGUUUACAGUAUCAGACUGCAGGCCCUUUUUUCCCCCCUUUUUUAUUUUAAAGACGCAGGAGUAUGUUUUUUAGAGCCUCUUCCUGUGGGACCAUGUGGUUUAAACAAUAGCAGCAUCAUAAAAAGCAGCCACUUGUUUUUUUUUAAAUGUUAUUAUUUUAUUUUUUCAUCUUGUGUCCAACAUCUUGAAGAUUGUAGCUUUAAAUUUGACUCUGUUUCUUGAUGUUUUCUCUCACUGAUGUCACAUCUUGCCAAUCGACCAUUGGAUUGAGGCGGGCUGCCCCAUAUUACAAGAAAACAAAGAUGACAACAUCAAGCAUAUUCAAAUUUCCGAACUGAGUUGCGCAACACUUUCUCGUACUGCGUUUCUCAUUGUAUUUGAAUAUAUAAUCUUUUCUACUUGUCAGCUAACUACUAGCUAAUAAUUGUUUUAGUAUCUUUAUGGCAUGGUGAAUAGCAUUUGUAUUUCCGAUUCAGGUUAUUAUUAGCUGUUGUGUUUUUUCAGAAAAAAAGAACGUUGAGGAGAAAAAGAGGAAAAAACAAUGAACUUGAUCUUUGUAUAUUUGACUGUACCAUAAAGCAAAAAGAUUGUGUGUUUAUGUACGUCGUUGCUAUCGAGGACAGGCACUGUUUAGAACUGCUAUCUUUUACACAUCCUUACUUACAUUUAAGGUGGUCAGUUCAGACUGUUUUUUUUUUGUUUCGUUUUUUUUAUAAAUAUAUAAAUAUAUGAAAACAUUUUUAAAUAUAUUAACUUUAUUUUUCAUCCAUCCUGUGCAAUAUGCUGUGUAGAUUUAUCAUUUAUUGUCUUUAAUCAUGCCAUAAACAAAGAAGCCACCCCUUUUUUUCUGAUUUAAAAAAAAAGGGGGGUAGGUUGACUCAUGCCAGCUAAAUUUUGUCCAUUCACUGCCUGUCAGAUUGUUGAUACAAACUUGUGUACAGAACUUUUUCAAGGAAGGAAAUAAAUAUCAGCUGGAACUGAAA